UGAGCCGCAAAACUGAGUCGGCCUCCUUUCCGGUAGGUGGUGCUAUACUUAGUUAGGUGUGAUUAAAGACAACGGGACUGUAAAAAGAAAACAAGCGGUCAAUUGCCUGCCUAAUGAAAUGGUAUCGUCCUGGAUUUUUUUGCGCCAGUACUGUUUUCGUCUGACGUAGAGAGUUCAAAUUUAUUCGCGGGUACAUGACUAAUGUGACAGCUAAACAUACAGAAUGAGCUCAAAAAGCCGAAUUGGAGCCGUACUGAAGAGCGUUCGCCAGGAACUUAAGGAUGAUACAAAGAAAAGGAAAGUACUCUCACCCCCAAACAUGUCCUCUAUCGAGAAGGCCAGCUUUUUAGAUGACAAUGAUAUUAGCUUCAGUGGAAACCCGCUACACAGCACUGCGCUAGAUGAUGAUCUCAGUCCCGCCCUAAAGAAAAUGACAAAACCAUCAAAAUCCUCUGUCAAGAGGAAGGCACCCAACGUCAGCACUGACAAAUCUACAAAGACGACACUAAAGGCGAAGGGGACUCUGAGAAAAAAGGCCUCUGCAGUCAAAUCAAGGUCCAAGAUAACCAGUCUGAAGAGAAAGGUAACAACUGAGAAACGGAGAGGGUCUGAAGUUUCUGCUUCAUGUGACACGCUUCCUGAAGAGCGGAGCCUGGAAGAAGAUGGAUCUGACUCUGCACCCUCAGGCCCAGCAAUGGAGUCUGCCCGCAAAAGCCGAGGGAAAGGCACAACAAAGGCCACCACUCCUGCUGUCCAAAAGAAGAUGUCACCUGCUGUUUCUGAAGACCAUUCUCCAUCCAGCCCAGAGCUUGGUCCUCAAAUAUACUGGAUAUUUCGAUUUCAUGCCAUGAAAAUUCAGAUUGUCUUGUGUCAGAGAAACAGUGCGGCGACUGCGAGACGGAACAGAAUGUCGUCUUUGUCCUCUGAAGACCUGAGUGAUGAGGACCCCUGCUGGCAUGAACCAAAACAACAAAAGAAUUACUUGCCAAACAACGUGAAAAGGAGGUCCUCGUCUGGAUCUCCAACGGUCAAGAGAAAAGUGACAAGCAAGAAGAGGAACAUUCUUUUUGGACCUUCAGAUGCCAACAAGCCACCCAAGAAGAAGCGAGGCAGAGGGGAUAAAAGGAGUGUCAUUGACCUGGAGGUGGUGCUGACGGCCUUUCAAGAUUUUGUGUCGAAUUACAUAAAAACUCUGGAUUCUGGUACAGUCACAAAGGCUGUAAAUGCUUUCUCAGAGUCCGUUGAAAGUCAACUCACUCAACAUAUCUCAGAGAAAAAGGGGUUAAACAGCUUGAAGAAACAGAAUGUGAAGAUGAAUGGUGCUAUAAACCGGAAGACAGCCAGACUGAUAGAAGUGAAGAAUGAACUCAUAAAAAAAGAGAUGGAGCUGAGGAAGCUGCAGAAGGAGCAUUCCCAGCUGGAGGAGAGACUGACAGACAUUAGGACCAGCACUGCCUUUCUAGCAGACCUACAGGACCUACAGAAGAGCUACCUGGCAUAUAGGGAGAACCACCCAAAUGAGGUGGAGGUGUAUGGCCCCUCCAGCCUCCCAGCCUUGCUCUUUGAAGCUCGCAGUGUGAUGGGCGCAGAGCACCAGCUGAGCAUUAUCAACCACAAACUCCAGCAGGGUCUGGACCAGAGUAACCCUAUCACCAUUGAUUCUAAUGAAAAAUGAACUCGGCAGCUCGGCAGACAAUAUCCCUGACACAAGGCGCUCCCUGAAACUGCUCGUCAUCUGAAAGUAGUAUGCUGAAGAUAAGAUAUGUUUUUAAGAAAUUAAUUUGUUGUGUGUACAAUAUAAGCAUUGGGAUGCAUGGCAUAGACCUUAAAACACUAUGGAUAGAGUCAGAGCAGAAGAACUGGUUAUUGUCUUGCCCUUUGUUUCUCUCUUUGUCUUACUGUUAAGUAAUCCAAAUGACUAAUGCCCUGCUACUGCAGGGGAAAAAGCCAUUGUGCAAAAGCAAACAGUUUAAGUGCUGUUUCAAAUGUCAACCAUGCUAAUUGUCCCAAAACUGCUGAAGAAGCGAAGCUGAACACCAAGGGGAAGCAAGAGAUAUUUAAAUGUAGAUACCUGAGUGUGUGUUGCUAUUUAGCAAGUAAUUUGUUGCCUUUUCUGUACACAAUAAUAUAAAUUUUUAGCUGGCAUCUGAUAUUUUGUUGUCACUAAUACAUUUUAGGUCUGGUUGUCAGCAAGAUCCAUGUUUAGUACUAAGAUAGUGUUAGUGCUGCAUCUGUUCUUUCUUCUUUCUCCUGCUUGGUUCCUGUGCUGCCCCUACAGUCAUUAAAUUAACAUGCACAGCCA